GUGUCAGUGCUGUCAGUCUGUCAGUCGCGUGUCAGUGUGUCACACAGCUGUAGCGCCGCCGCGGCCUCGAGGAUAUUUUGAUAGAGAACAUUUACUACAAAUGGCUUCACACCAGUAGGACAGCGCGUACUCCAACAUGGGGAUCGUGCACGCGAAGGAGCGCAAGUACAACUUCGCGGAGGACGAGGCGGGGCUGUUCGACGGCGAGGAGCCGGAGCUGGACGAGGGCCCGGUGCCGCGCGCCACCAUCGCGCUCCGCGGGGUGCGGGCGCGCGUGGACCGCGUCAACGUGGACGGGCUGCACCGCACCAAGGAUGACGUCAUCAAGGGCACCGUCGACGACCUCUUCGAGGCGAAGGACUUCGAGGACGUCAUCGUGCGCGCGCACAAGGUGCGGCAGGCGCUGGACAACCUGGGCUGCUUCCGCGAGGUGUGCGUGUACAUCGACGUGUCGUCCGGCCCGGAGGCCACGCCGGACGGACUCGAGGUGACGUUCCAGGUGCGCGAGCUGUCCCGCGUGGCGGCCGCCGUCACCACCGACGUCAGCGAGGACGAGGGCAGCGUCGUGCUCGGCGUGAAGCUCCCGAACGUGCUGGGGCGCGGCGAGCGCGCGGCGGCGGGCUACAGCCUCGGCCACCUGCGCUCCACCGACAUGCACCUCGCACUCACCAAGCCGCUGCUGCUGCAUCGAUACAAGCCCGUGGUGUCGGGGUCGCUGUACCAGCGCGCCGCCGACCACGUCAGCUCCGGGUACCGGCUGCUGGACCGCGGCCUGCUGCUCGACCUCGCCUUCCAGACCUCGCCCACGACGAAGCACCACGUGCAGUGGGAGGGCCUGAUGCGGGAGAUGUCCGUCUCCAACAAGACCAGCUUCAAGGUCCGCGAGAGCAGCGGUCCGCAGCUGAAGUCGAUGGUGCGGCACAUGAUCAGCGUGGACCAGCGCGACGAGGCGGUGUUCCCGACGCGCGGCGCGCGGCUGCACAUCUGCAACGAGCUGGCCGGGCUCGGCGGCAGCGUCGCCAGCCUCCGGGCCGAGCUGCACCUGCAGCUCAACUACACGCUGUCGCAGAAGCUGGGACUGGUGGUGCAGGCGUCGGGCGCGGCGGGGCUGCUGCACGACGUGUACGGCAGCUCGGUGGCCGACCACUUCUUCCUGGGCGGCGCGGCCUCGCUGCGCGGCUUCCAGCACCGCGGCGCCGGCCCGCACUGCGACGGACACGCGCUCGGCGGCCGGAUGUACUGGGCGGGCGGGCUGCACGUGUUCGCGCCGCUGCCGGUGCCGGGCGCGGGCUCGGGGCUGGGCGCGCUGUUCCGCUCGCAUCUGUUCCUCAACACCGGCUGCGUCGCCUUCCCAGAUCGCGGGUCCGCGGGCGAGUGGUGGCGCGGGCUGGGCGCGGCGCGGGGCGCGGGCGGCGCGGGGCUGUGCGUGCGCCUGGGCCGCGCCGCGCGGCUCGAGCUCAGCUACGUGCUGCCGCUGCGCUGGCUGCCCGGCGAUAGGACCCACGCCGGCAUACAGCUCGGCCUGGGGGCCAACUUCCUCUAACUACACAGUACACACAUCUACCAAACGUAUAGUGACAGUGUGUUACUGCG